AUGAUGGUCGACCAUUUCGGUACUACUGGCAUAGAAUACGACGGCGAGGCACAAGUUGGUGUCUUCGAACAGACCAACGAGGUACGCUUCAGAGGCCUCUUGAAGAGCCAUCACAGCCGACGACUGGAAACGCAGAUCAGUCUUGAAAUCUUGAGCGAUUUCACGAACAAGACGUUGGAACGGCAAUUUGCGGAUGAGCAGCUCGGUCGACUUCUGGUAACGACGGAUCUCACGAAGGGCGACGGUGUACUUGGUGACGGCCUUGGUGCCUUCGGAGACGGCGUGCUUGGCGAGCUCUCCAGGAAGAAUCAGUCGGACGGCGGUCUGGAUUUCGCGAGACGAGAUCGUCGAGCGCUUGUUGUAGUGAGCCAGACGAGAUGCCUCAGCAGCGAUACGCUCGAAAACGUCAUUGACGAACGAAACACGGUAGAUGUAGACCGAGUAGCUCUCCUUGCGCUUGUGCUUCCUCUUCUUGUCUCCAGUACGGCUGGCCUUCUGGCUCUUCGCGGCUUUCUUGGCUCCCUUGGCGGACGGCUUUGGUGGCAUCAAGGGUUACCCGUGAGUGUUCAUCUCGCAGUUCUCAGUCGUCGUAUCAUCAUGUCUGGACGUGGAAAAGGAGGCAAAGCUAAGACCGGAGGAAAGUCGAAGUCGCGUUCAUCGCGAGCUGGACUUCAGUUCCCAGUUGGUCGUCUUCAUCGUAUGCUCCGCAAGGGCAACUAUGCUGGACGUAUCGGUGGUGGAGCUCCUGUCUACCUGGCUGCUGUUCUCGAAUACCUCGCCGCUGAGGUGCUCGAGUUGGCUGGAAACGCUGCUCGUGACAACAAGAAGACCAGAAUCAACCCUCGUCAUCUCCAACUCGCUGUCCGCAACGACGAAGAGCUCAACAAGCUCCUCUCUGGUGUGACCAUUGCACAAGGAGGUGUUCUGCCAAACAUCCAGGCUGUUCUCCUACCCAAGAAGACUGCCGGUGACAAGGAAUAA